AUGUCAACAGAUAUCCCCCGCAAUGUCAGCAAGGAAGACGAAACCCCAACGACGUCUAGCCGCCCUCAUGGCGCCUCUUUAUCUCUCACCAUAAGUGGCCAACAACUCUCAUCGGGUGUGAGUUUUGUCAAUCAGUUGUCGAUGCUGCAGCCCCACGUGACGGAGGCACCGCCGUCUGCAAUGAAAAAACAUCCAUUCUCUACUCGUCCCCAUGGAAAUGUGAGGAUAGCAGAAGUGGUAAAGGACAAGGAGGAAAUGAAGUACCAGAAGAUGUACAUGGAAACACCGGAUGAUGAUUUUGAACCUUCCGAUGUUUUACUCCAAAAAGUUGUAGAAAAGCAUGAGAAGGAAACUGCAGAACCACCUUUUCAGAAUAUUAGUAAAAUCGAGAGAGCAGCACCCCCUAGGUGGUUUCGUCGAUUCACGGAUCUGCGAUUGUUAUUAAAUAGUACACACAAGAGCAGUAAAAGAGGAUGUGUUCCUAUCCAUGCCGCUAUUAAUCAGUUAACGGCUGAUGUUCAAGCUUCACAAUCACUUGAGCGAGAUGUCACCGAAGGUAAGGAUGGUUCAUUUUGCCAACCAUCUGCUAUGUCUAUUGAGAAGAAAGAAAGGGAACAACAAACAGGUACUGAGUCUAAUGCUAUUGGUAGUAGUAGUAGUAGUAGUAGUAAUAUUGAUGGUAGUGGCGAUAAUGGAACCAUGACAGAUAUGAAUACACCUCAAUGGCUUUUUAUCGGUACGGGAAAACGUAUGACUCACCAACUCUCUGAAAGUCUAUCAUCUAAAUUAAAUCAUCUACUUGAAAUUAUGGGUGAUGAUACGGCAAGAAAAAAACUGGAACUUUUGGGUGUUACGGAUGAAAGUGGUUCUAGUGGUGUACAGCGUUCUUUAUUACCUCCAUUACUACUAUAUCUACAUAGGUCAAUAAUGAAGAAAACUAUUAUUUCUGACCUUUUUGCCUCACCGAUAAAUCUACAUAAAGAAAGAGCUCAAGAAAUAUGUGAAGGAUUUCGUACACAAACUCCACGAAUUCAUCUUGAGUACAUUGUAGAAGAGGAUGUUCGUCCAACAUUUGACUCCAAAGAGUUGUUGCCACCUCACCUAAAUACAAUUCCAAUGAAAGAAGCGAUGCGUAUUUCACAACGGUACCAUUCUUUUGUUAUUCACAUUGACUACAUUCGUUUUCGUCCUAUUGUCCCUGCUAUGCAACAACCAAAACAACAAUAUCAUCAUCAUCAUCAUAGUAGAGUGACAGGAAUGGAUGCUACUCCACCUUCUUUCUUUGGACAAUCUUCAUCUUGGGGCGGAAUUAAUUCUGGUACUUUCUCAUUAACAGUAACACAUGGUGGACGAGAUACCAAUCCUUUGGUCUCCUUUACUCGAGAGGAAAAACUCAUCUCAACCAUUUUAGAUAAUUAUGAACCAUACCGUAUGAUAGAAUUAAACCUUCUACCACAGUUAAAGAGUAGACUCUUUUACAAGGAGCAGUUAGAUAACUUAUACCAACAGCCGCACCCUACAGAAGAACAGAAACAUUUGAUAACUAAACUUUCUCGACUCUAUCAACUUACAUGUGAAUUAGAACAUUUUUACCUUAAAUCUAUGAUAUCGACUUGGCAGCAAAUUGUACAAAUGCGUGGUGAAAAUAUGAAUGAAGAGUUUCUUCCUUUGAACCGUUCAGGUGCACGGGAAAGUGAGGAAAAUGACACCAAUUUUUGUUCUUCUUCUUUACCACUAUCUAAGAGUGAUAUGGAGGGUUUAAUUGGUUCGCGUCAAAGCACAGCCCCAGCGGCUAGUAGGAGUUUCUCCUUAUUAACUUCUGGUUCCGAAUUACAAUCAUCAUCAAGGAAAGGAUUUCGAAUGUCUUUGCGACACCGUACUACUGGAGCCGGUGCCGGAGUAACAACACAUGAUAAAGGUAAUGAUUUGUUGGAAUAUGAUCCAGUCAUUGAAGGUUUAAUUGGUACAUCAUCAGAUUCUCUUCUGGACGAACAACAUAAUGAAGAAGAACAAUUUGAAGAAGGUAUGAAUGGAUCAUCUUCAUUACCAAUGAAAGAGGUAAUAAAUAAGUCUCAACGAUUUAAAGUUCUUGUAUUUGCACGAACAAAUGGAGUUCUGCCUCCACAAUUUGUUGGAUCUACUACUACACGUGUACUUAGUACUACGAAGAUACUUUUCUUUAAUGAAACUUUUGAGUUAAACACCAUGCAGGAACCUCAAGAGAUUCUACUUCAUAUUGUAUCAGUUGGAAAUGGUAGUGAAGAUGUGGUUGCUACUGUUCAUAUUUUACCUUCCUUUACCCGCGCAUACUUAUUACUACCACUUCAACCGCCCAUCUCCUUUACACAUCGUGGACACACCUACGGUAAACGUGAAGGAGCUGAACUGCCUGGAAUAAUUUCUCUCUCAACAACUUGGACGGCGAUUGAAGGAAUGACUGUAGAAGAAAUUGAAGACCUCUUUCUUCGCGGCGAUGCUGAUCCCAUGGAUCCACAAUUUACUCCACUACUUAAGAUUCUUAAAUCGCACUACAUGGAAGUAAGAGGGCGCAGAAUGACGGAAUCUGUAAAAACAGAUGUCUUUUCCAUACAAUCAGCGUCUGCUGUCGCAAGAGUGUCUGAACGAAUAGAGAAGGAAAAAAUCAUUAACGAUGAAGGCAUAUAUCCUUCAGAACGUCAAUUUGAAAGUGAGCGAUUAGAAAUACUCCACCGACGAUGGUUAUGUCAGAUUGGACGAGCAACACCGAAAGAUAUAUUAGAGACUCGUCUUUUUUCUCUUCCAAUCCCAUUGGAGGACGCGGAGUGUCAUGAACUGCAAAAUGAAAUAUUGUAUGCGGCCACACGUGGAAAACAUAAAGUAGCACAUGAAACAGGAUAUGAUCCUUUAUUUCCUGAUGCUAAAGGUACAAACUUAACACUCACACUCUCUCUUAGUCCACUUCCACAGAAGAGAAAGUUACAACUUUGGCAAGAAUGGUUACGUCAUCUAAAAAUUCAUCGUAUUUCUACUCGAAAACUUGAAGAUCAUGAAUUACUAGAACGAUACGUUAUAUUACCAAAAAUAAGACCAUUUAAAUUUGUUCCUUUGAAACCAGAAAGUCAAUUAAAUCCCAGACGAGAGGAACGUCCAAAGACUGGUGAGAUUGAUCGUGGAACUCUUCUCUCAGAAAAUGAUUCUCGAAUAGUUGUACAUAUUAUGAAAGCUAUGGCACUUCCUAAGCGUUCAGAUGAAACUCCAUUAGAACCUUUUGUUGAAGUCAGUUUUGUUUAUGAUACUGUUCAUUCACGUAGUGAAGUUGGGACAUCACCCUCAUGGUUUGAAACUCUUAAUAUUCCUUUUUGCCCACCAGACUUUGAUGAUGAUACACUUUCAUUAAUUGAAGACGAUAUUGUAAUAUCAGUUUAUGACAAGGUGGAGAUUCCAAUGGCUCCAACAGCUGUAGCAACAGGAACAAUUUCUCAUGAAACUCACUACAGAACUGAACGACGACUGCUUGGCACACUUCGUGUUCCAUUCUUCUCAUUAUAUGAAGCGGAGCAAGCUCGCAUGGAAGGUUUGUAUCCACUCUCAACACCUCGGUGGCUUCUUGGGUAUUACCCAGAUUCUGUAGAUAUAAGUACAAGAAUAAAUCCACUUCACAUGGAGGGUAGUGAAUUACAUCGUUCUUUCCCAUCCAUUCAAUUGUACAUAGCUCUCUGGCCUCCUCUCCGUCGUGACACAAGUAAGGAACUUGAUACGACAACUAUUUCUAGACUUGUAACACAACUUAACGUUUCCGCACAACUGCAACAUUUGCACAGUAUAGCUUUAAAAUGGAGACGAGAUGCGUUAAAAAGAGUGAGGGAUUUAUCAUCUGUUAAUCCUAUUGUAGAGAAGCGUGAAAUUGAACCCUUUGUAUUUUGUACUACAGGUGACUUAACCUUUGUUUGUCGUUACCUCCUUCCUGGUGGUGGUCCUCCGCCUUUAACCGUAAAAACAGUAGAAGAGGCUAUACGUUUUAUAUCGUUGUUAUUAUUUCGGAUUGAUACCCUUACUUGGGGAGAUAAAGAUGUCUGGAGUACAAAUGCUGAACUACUACGAACACGAGAAGGAGAUUAUGAAGAACUUUCUCUUUUAUUAGCACAUUUCCUGCGUUUUCUUGCGCCAAAUGAAGUAACUUAUAUAGUAACAGGAAGAGGUACUGUACAUGAACGUGUUGUAAUGGUAUUACAUUCAUUCAAUGGGGAGUUACGACUUAUUGACCCACGUACAGGAAUGGUGUGUCCUGUGCAUGAUCCACACAUUAUAUUUUUUCGUGAUGUUCACAUGGUGGUUUCACAUGAUCAAUUAUGGGCAAAUAUUCAACUGAGUGGGGCACCACAUCGAAUGGAUUGGAACUUAAACGACCAUCGAUUUUGGUUACCGUGUUUUGAUCAUGAGAAGAAAGAUAUAAAGGCUUGUCUACCGUUUAUCGCUGCAUUACAACGGGAAACUUUGACUUUUGCUAUGCCAGAUCCAGAAAAAGAGAAAGAUAUUGAGCAACAACUGCGCAAAGCCGUUCGUCGUGCUCUUAUCACGUGGCGUAAUAAUCGACAGCCUGCGUUUCAUCACGGGCUUGCUUUAGUUCUUCAGAGUCUUCUAAAGGAAGCAGAGGAUGAACGCAGCAAGUAUGCUAGUGUACGCCAAGAUGCCGUGACAAUACGAGCUACAGAGGUUCUUAAUGAAUACUUUGGUCAUGAAGUUUUGCUAGACUUACGACGGUAUCGUAAACGAGAACAAGGACGUGAGACUAAUCCUCGUGAUAAGAUUGGGGACCACGUUUCCCUUAAUGGUCCAAUGUUUCGAUUGAUGGGAAGUCCCGUUAAUGCUGCCUAUCGGCCCAAUGAUCCAGGUUAUCAACAUAUCUUACAGCAAGUGUUUGAGACCUCUGUGCAUGAGGUUGGAACAAGUGCUGUUAGCUUUGCAGUUGGUGUUUAUGUAAAGGGCUACACGAGCGAGGUGUACUCCAUGUGGGUUUUUCUGGUGGCACUAUAUGAAGUUGAAGUUUCACCGUCAAUUUAG